AUGGGAAGCGGAAAAUUUGGGCUUAAUUUAAAAAAAGACAAAGUGAACGUGACAGAGGCUAAAAAGACUGAGUUUAGUGUUAAGGAAAAAUGUCGGAAAUUACAGAAAAAACUAAAGAAGACUGAUAAACAGAAGACUGAAUCCAACACGAAGGAGAAGACCAUUUGGUGGAACCAAUGCAAUAGUUUGAGUGAAAUAGACCAGUAUCUAUGGAUGGUCGGAGGGUCAGCUGGCGCUUUGGCGCUCACAGGUGUGGCAGCUGCUUCUGCCUUCUACCUCAGCACUCGACCGAAACCAGAAAAACCUUUGGUCACAUUACAUGAGCAGAGCUUGCUUGAACCGGGUCCUGAGAUGGUUCGCGUAUCGAAGUUCUAUAAGGAAGCAAAAAAUGGACGAUAUCUUCGCUAUCUACAUGAAGACACACGGACACUUUAUGAAACUUUUCGUAGAGGUGUUAAAGAGUCGAAUAAUGGCAAUUGUCUUGGUUGGCGUGAGGGACCAAAUAAGCCUUAUGUGUGGCAGACGUACAAUGAGACCCUGCUGCGAGCGAAAAACUUCGGCUCAGGACUUAUAUGCCAAGGUCUCACCCCAGGGCAAAGCACCUUUGUAGGUAUAUACGCUCAAAACUGUCCAGAAUGGAUCAUGGCUGAACAAGCUGCCUACUGUUAUUCAAUGGUUAUAGUACCGUUAUACGAUACCCUAGGAGCCAACGCAUGUGCCUUCAUUAUUAAUCAAACGGAAAUGACAAUAGUUGUAUGCGAAGACGACAAGAAAGCAAACCUCCUCUUAGACCAGUCGCCGCGAUGCUUGCGCAAGCUUGUCACGAUAAAGGAAGUCUCGCCAUCGACCCACCAAAGGGCGAAAAGCCGCGGUGUUGAAAUACUUAAGUUUAGCGACGUGGAGAUACAGGGCGCUCAGAAAGAUCAUCCUUGUGUCCCACCUAAACCAGAUAACCUAUGCACAAUAUGCUACACGUCAGGUACAACUGGUAUGCCGAAGGGCGUGAUGCUAACACACGAGAACGUGGUGGCGUCCAUGUGCGCCGUAACCAUGCAGCUCGGCGAGCACCGCCCCACUAAACACGACGUCAUGAUCUCCUUCCUACCACUCGCCCAUAUGCUCGAGCGGUGUUGUGAGAAUGCUCUAUACAUGGUUGGAGGUGCGGUUGGCUUCUACAAUGGCGACAUUCGACGUCUCGGCGAAGACCUUACGGCGCUGAAGCCCACCAUGAUGCCGGCUGUUCCUCGCCUUCUCAACAGACUGUAUGACAAAGCGCAAAAUGAAAUAUCAAACUCUAAAAUAAAGAAGCUGCUGUUCAAUAUGGCGUUAUCUGCGAAAGAAUCUGAACUGAAGAGAGGUAUAAUCCGAAGUGAUUCUAUCUGGGACAAACUAGUGUUCCGCAAGGUGCGUGAAGGUAUGGGCGGGCGUCUCCGCAUCGUGGUAGUGGGCUCCGCGCCUCUCGCCGGCAACGUGUUGACAUUCGCGCGAUGUGCUCUUGGAUGCUUGAUCGUGGAAGGCUACGGACAGACAGAGUGCACUGCGCCAGUAACUCUGACGGUGCAGGGCGACCACGUGCCCGAGCACGUCGGGCCUCCCGUCGCUUGUUGUAAAGUGAAGCUAGUGGACGUGCCCGAAAUGGAGUACUAUGCGUCACAAGGGCAAGGCGAGGUUUGCGUGCAGGGAGCGAACGUAUUCCGCGGCUACUUUAAGGAGCCGGACAAGACUCGUCAGGUCAUCGAUGCUGACGGCUGGCACCAUACCGGCGACGUUGGCAAGUGGCUGCCGAACGGUACCUUAAAAAUCAUCGAUAGAAGAAAACACAUUUUCAAGCUGUCACAAGGCGAAUAUAUAGUUCCUGAGAAAAUAGAAAAUAUUUACAUUAGAAGUCAAUACGUCGAACAAGUGUUUGUGCAUGGUGAAUCAUUAAAGUCAUGCGUGGUAGCGGUAGUGGUACCAGACGUGGACGUCGUGAAGUGCUGGGCGCUGGAGAACGGCAUCCAGGGCACAUUCUCCAAGCUGUGUGAGGACGAGCGUGUGAAGACCGUUAUACUCGAAGAUAUGCUGCAGUGGGGCAAAACUGCCGGACUCAAAACCUUUGAACAGGUUAAGGAUAUAUACCUUCAUCCUGAUCCAUUCUCAGUGCAGAACGGUCUGCUCACUCCCACAAUGAAGGCGAAACGACCGGAAAUAAGAAAUUAUUUCAAACCACAGAUCGACGAUAUGUACAAAAAACUCGAA